AUGGAAAAGCUGAAGGGCCUAAUGGCUCACCCUCGAUUCGCCCUACACGGCUUCUACUUUUUCCUCGUCUUUCUCAUACUCAUCUUCCUGAUUUUUAGCGCGGUAUCUGGUCCUGGAACCAAGUACUACUGGCUCAAGAUCGUCCUCAAAGCGGAUGCCAAGCCUGGUGAGGCUGGCGCGAAGUGGUCUCUAGGAGGACUCGGAGCUUGCGAUGAGAACAAGACCUGUACAGCCGUCGCACCACAUGGUAGAGCAGUCCAGGGGUGUCUGAUCUGGCAUCUCGCAGUGGCCGUCAUCUUCCUUGCUACAGCCAUGACCCAAGCCGUGCUUGUCCUCCGUCCACAAGAUCGUAGCUCUCUGACAGUAUCAUAUCUGACUCUCCUCCUCCCGCCUGCUUUCCUCCUCCUGUUCAUGCUCAGCGCCCUCAUAGCGGACUUUGCAGUCCGGGCGAGCAUAGGCGCAGCGGAUGAUGUCGAGACGGUCGAGACGCAGGGGUCAUUCUGGUUGUCCACUGUAGCAAGUGUCUUCAGUGUCAUAUGGGUGAUCGUAGCGGAGUACGUCAUGUGGCGGGAGCGGAAGACACGGCGGGCGGAGGAGGAGGAGAAGGAGGUGACGCAGAACAAGAGGGCGAAAAAGGAACAGCCGGAAGAAGAGGUGAAGAAGGGAGGUUUCAUGAUGAGCUGGAACCCAUGGAGCCGGAACUGA